CCCAGCCCAUUUAUUUAUUUUUCGCAUCAUCCAUUAUGACCAAUUUAGUAACCGAAUUUAAGGAAGUCCAACUUGUUCAUCUCUUUCCAUUUCUUUCUGCUGCUUCUUCCUCCUCAUUUCGUCGGUUCUUCCUAAAAAAGGGGGUAGAGUAGAAGAAACGGUGUCGUAAUUGCAUGACGAGUGCUUCAGAGCUAUUCUUCACUAGGAGGUCUCGUUACGGUCGAAGCGAUCUCGAAUUAGGAUCCAAUUUAUCGCCAAGUCGAAUUUCUCACCACCACGGCGGUCACAAUCGCCGCCACCACCACCAAAAUAUCCGCCGUGAUCGUCUCGAUGUGAACGAUUGUGAGCCGUUGCGCCGCUCACCUCACCUUCAUAGACGUUUCCCUCCUCCUCCUGAUCGUGAUUCUGUUUCGCUUGACUCUGGUAGUAGCCAGGCUGCAUCAGGAGGCGCCAGUCAUGCAACAAACCACGGCAACAGAAUACGAGAUAGGGUGGGAAUCGCAGGUAGUGAGCGUCUCCCUGGUUCUGUACUACUUGCAAGGGAAAGACUUCUACAGAGGUUGAGAGGUGUAUCUAUAUCUGGAAAUAGGGGAAGUUACCGGGUCCCAGUAAGCUCCCGUCACAACUUCACAUUUGAGGAUGAUUUCAGACUUGCCGAUGUCGGUGAUUGGGAAUCAGAUUCUAGCCUGUGGACUGCUGGAACAACGCCCAGCCCUGAUCUGAUGUGGGUAGAUGGAAACAAGAGGCCCCCAGGUCUGAGUCAGGAAGCCAUGAAUUUAUUGCAUAUUGGGAUUUUCAGCAAUUCAGACAAGAAAGAGGAAGAAACACAGGCACGGGUGGUUCUCGACUGUAGCAUUUGUCUUGAUGCUUUCUUGGAGGGAGACAAGCUAGUAUGUUUACCUUGUGGGCAUAGGUUUCACCCUUGUUGCUUGGAACCGUGGGUAAGAACUUGUGGGGACUGCCCAUAUUGUCGAGCAGCUAUACAUGUAACUUCUUGUAGGGCGAAAGGAAGGCCAUGAAGCCAACCAUCAACUAGAGUGGUGGUCUCUUGUGAGUUCUUCUUUUCUGAUAGACUUUGACCUUUUUGUUGUAUGGAUGAUAGCUUUUUAUAGAAUGAGUAGAACGGGAAUGUAGCCAAAUAUCUGUGCUGUAAUCAUGUUGGGACUGUAAUCGAUUAUACUUGAGACUUGAUAAUUUUUUAUAUUUUUGGUCA